GUCACUUUGGAUACAAGAACAAGACAAUCACACACUCCCAGGUAUCUUUAAACGAUAAAACAAGACUCACGAUGCUGACGUUUGUGGCACUGUUUGUCGUAUUUGUAUCUGGAGUUUCAGCUCUAGGAUGUGAGAAAUUAUGGGUACAAUUUGAAAACUCUUGCUAUUAUUCAAAUCAAAUACCACAAGAAGAUCGGAGAGCACAUUAUCGUUUAUAUCGGAUAAGUCCAAUGGUUGAAGAUUUAUUCUUUAGAUGGCCAACGGCCCAGGACAUUUGCAAAAAUAGAGGCGGAUAUCUUGCAGAAAUUGGAUCCAAAGAGGAAAACGACUUUGUAAAGAAAUUGGCAAAGAAGGUCAAGAAUUUCUCUGUUUGGUUAGGUGGUACGGACUCAGCUAAAGAAGGACACUGGGUGUGGGCAUCAACUGGUAAACCAUUCACUUUCGAAGAUUGGUGGAGGACUGAUGAACCCUUAAGAAGGGGUGAUGAACCAGAUAAUUAUAAAGGGAGACAAGACUGUCUUUCAUUGUCCAUGUAUGAUGACUAUGAUGCAUGGUUAGAUAGUGAAUGUAUAGGAGACGUGAUGGGUUACAUAUGUGAAAAACCUGCAACUUAAAAGAUCACAUAGACAAACACAGACAAAUAAAGAGAAGACUGUCACAAGAAAUGACUAGCUAUUAUUUAUUUUUUUUAAAUCAACAAAAACUUAGUUUAUGUGUUCCUGCAGUGUUUUAGAUAAUGUGUUUUACAAAACCUGAAGCAUCGAUGUUUAAAAUAAAAUUAGCCUGUUCCAGUC